UGUAGGUAGUUAGCAACUUAGAAAACUAAGAAGUUAAUUCAGGAACAAACGACAUACCUAAACGAAAAUGGGUUCUGAAAAGGCUACCCCGCGAUGGGCAGCGUUUACCCGCGACACCAACGAGACCAAGAUUCAGCUCGCUCUGAACCUCGAUGGCGGGGCAUUUCCUGAACAUACCGACCCCCGCCUCCUAACGUCCGUCGCCGAGGGCCAUGCCAGCCAGUCGAGCAAAUCGCAAUCCAUCAGCGUAAACACAGGCAUCGGCUUCCUCGACCACAUGCUCCACGCCCUGGCCAAACACGCCGGCUGGAGUUUAGCCCUGGCGUGCAAGGGCGACCUCCACAUCGACGACCACCACACCGCAGAGGACGUGUGCAUAGCGCUAGGAUACGCUUUUGCGAAUGCGCUGGGCAGUGCCACGGGUCUAGCACGCUUCGGAUCGGCAUAUGCGCCGCUCGACGAGGCGCUCUCGCGCGCCGUCAUCGACCUGUCGAACCGGCCGUACAGCGUCGUCGAGCUCGGACUCAAGCGCGAGAAGAUCGGCGACCUAAGCACGGAGAUGAUUCCGCACUGCCUGCAGAGCUUCGCCCAGGGCGCCCGCGUUACCCUGCACGUCGACUGCCUCCGGGGCGAGAACGACCACCAUCGCGCCGAGAGCGCUUUCAAGGCCCUUGCUGUUGCGAUCAAGCAGGCUACUACUAGGAUACCCGGGAAGGAGGGCGAGGUGCCAAGUACGAAGGGGACUUUGAGCGUAUAGCUUCCUAAUAGAAAUGGUUAAACUUCCAACAACAGAUAUAUUUACAUACCAAAGCCUCUAUGAUAAUCUAAUUACCUGGGAGUUUGAUAUCUACUAAAUUUGAACCUCUACGAUGGUCCCGCAUCUCCCCUUCCCCCUUUCUCCUCGACAUGUCAUUCACAUCAUAGAUACUCUUUGGCCUCACAUCUUACGUUAACAGCUUGACAGCUUGACAGACGAUCUCGUAUUCAUACGACUGUUGUUAUUAUUAUUUUUCAGCUUGUUUAUUCGGCAGACGACGAACAU